GCUGCUGACCGUGCCGUUCGCAAUGCAGUGGGUGCAGCCAAGCAGCUGGAGGAGAGGCUCGCUCUCGCGGAGUCCGCCCUUUCGAGCCUGGUGGGCGACGCUGCGGUCGCGGAUCGCACUGCAGCGGUGAUCCCAGCGCUGCAGCAUCUGGCUGCAGGUCGAGUUCCGCCUUGGCUGGAUCGCCUCAGGCGCCACGUGGCGCUUCAUGCCCGUGCUCACGCGCUGGAGGGGCGGAUCCACACGGCGUCGUCGUCGGAGCUCCGCACGGCCGCCAAGGGGCAGCGGCUGGGCGCGGAGAGAGGCGUGGAUCUCUCGAACUUCUCGGUCGAGAUCUGCGUCGCGGAGCACGUGGCGUCCAGGGCCGGAGGGAACGGGCUGGCGGCCCCACAG